ACACUAAAGCCUAAAAGGUUACAAAAACAAAGUAAUUCAUUGGAGCGACUUCAUCGAAUAAUUUCUCGUGACGUGGAAUUAAGGUAAAAUAUGGUUCCAACUUACCGUAAAGAAAAGUAAGAAAGACGUCGUUCCCACCACAAUUGUUGUGUGAGGGAUAGGAUUAGAUUUGAUGGAGGAAGGGAUAAAAUCCCAAUCUCUUCCCCUCUCAAAAUCCCACCAUUAUUAAGUAAUCUCUAAAUUCCUUUUCCCUUCUUCCUUCCAUGGCUUCCUUCCCUUCUGUUACUCUCACUGCUUCUCUCAAGCUCGAACCUGACUCAAGAAAGCGACAUUACACCAGCUUUCCCCUCAACGAUAAGAGUUUGCCGUAUCAGAAAAAUCAUUCACUAAUCCAAUUGAAUGUUGAUGCGGAGUCGAAGUUUGUAGAUCUUCGGGAAGCUCUGUCGCUGUUAAAAGAUGGUACGAGAAUUGAAACUUCUUACUAUAUUCCAUUAUUGCAAGAAUGUAUAGAUGGGAAUUUAGCUGCAGAAGCGGAAAUUAUCCAUGGGCAUGUCGUAAAAACUGGAACUCAUGAAGACUUAUUUGUAAUGACUUUUCUUGUUAACGUUUAUGCGAAAUGCGGAGUCAUGGAAAUUGCUCGCAAAGUGUUUGAUAAUUUGCCUAGAAGAAAUGUCAUUGCAUGGACAACUCUAGUGACUGGUUAUGUUCAGAAUUCACAGCCUUUGGUUGCUUUUCAAGUGUUCAUAGAAAUGUUGGAAGCUGGAGCUUAUCCUACAAACUAUACGCUCGGAAUCGUGUUGAAUGCUUGUUGUUCCUUGCAUUCUAUCGAAUUCGGGAAGCAGGUUCAUGCAUAUAUCAUCAAAUAUCAUAUAGAUUUCGACACUAGUAUUGGCAACUCUCUUUCCAACUUUUACUCUAAGUCUGGGAGCUUGGAAUUUGCAAUUAGAGCCUUCAAGAAAAUUAAGAAAAAGAAUGUGAUUUCAUGGACUUCAGUUGUAUCUUCCUGUUGUGAUAAUGGUCAAGCAGCUCGGAGUUUAAGUUUUUUCUUCGAGAUGCUCUCGGAUGAUGUGGAACCAAACGAGUACACUUUAACAAGUGUCUUGAGCGCUUGUUGUGUAAUGUUGACAUUGGGUUUAGGAGCACAGAUUCAUUCACUGAGCAUUAAGCUUGGUUAUGGUUCAAGCAUACCUAUAAAAAAUUCUGUAAUGUACUUAUACCUGAAAUGUGGAUGGCUUAUUGAGGCUCAAAAAUUGUUUGAGAGUAUGGAGACUCUCAAUUUGAUUACAUGGAAUGCAAUGAUUGCAGGCCAUGCGAAAAUGAUGGAUCUUGCUGCAGAUGAUCUUGCAGCUCACAAGAGUGGAUUUACAGCGCUUACUAUGUUCCAGAAAUUAUAUCGCUCGGGCAUGAAACCGGAUCUAUUCACAUUCUCGAGCGUUUUAAGUGUUUGUAGUAAUCUAGUAGCCUUGGAACAAGGGGAGCAGAUUCAUGCUCAGAUAAUCAAAAGUGGUGUAUUGGCAGAUGUUGUGGUGGGAACUGCAUUGGUGAGUAUGUAUAACAAAUGUGGAAGUACUGAUCGGGCGAGUAAAGCUUUCUUGGAGAUGCCUUCAAGAACUUUGAUAUCAUGGACUUCGAUGAUUACGGGAUUUGCACGACACAGUCUGUCUCAACAAGCACUUCAGCUCUUUGAAGACAUGAGAUUGGCAGGAAUUAGACCGAACCAGGUCACCUUUGUAGGUGUUCUAUCAGCUUGUAGCCAUGCUGGUUUGGUUGAUGAAGCACUUUAUUACUUUGAAGUAAUGCAGAAGCAAUACAACAUCAAGCCUGUAAUGGACCAUUUUGCAUGCCUGAUUGACAUGUAUCUGAGGUUGGGUCGGGUUGAAGAAGCUUUUGAUGUGGUCAAGAAGAUGAAUUUUGAGCCUAAUGAAAUUAUAUGGUCCAUGUUAAUUGCUGGAUGUCGUAGUCAUGGGAACUCCGAAUUGGGGUUUUACGCUGCUGAGCAGUUACUUAAACUCAAACCGAAAGACACCAAGACCUAUGUCUCCCUGCUAAACAUGUAUCUCUCUGCUGGGAGAUGGAAGGAUGUUUCCAAAGUAAGGAAAUUAAUGAAAGAAGAGAAGGUUGGGAAGUUGAAAGAUUGGAGCUGGAUUAGCAUCAAAGAAAAAGUAUAUUCAUUCAAACCCAAUGACAAAUCACAUUGUCAAAGUGCGGAGAUGUACAAUCUGUUGGAAACUAUACUCAAUGAGGUAAAAACUCUCGGUUAUGAGCCUGUUGAACAUAUGGAGGUAAUCGAAGAGGAGGAAGAUGAGGAAAAGGUAUUCUCCUCUACCAUUCAUCAUAGUGAAAAAUUAGCCGUUACUUUUGGUUUGUUAAACCUGCCAACUGCCACCACGAUUCGGGUUGUAAAGAGCAUCACCAUGUGUAGAGAUUGCCACAAUUUUAUCAGAUUCAUUUCUUUAUUAAAAGGAAGGGAAAUCAUCAUCCGAGAUAGUAAGCAGCUUCAUAAGUUUUUGAACGGAUACUGUUCUUGUGGAGGUUUCGGAGAUCUUUAAUGUAGUUGGUGAGAUGCUAAAUUUUUUACAAAACCUAGUAAAAUUCAAUUGUCAAAAUAUCAUAUGAAGUUAAUUUCAGUAA